AUGUCGGAUUACUUGCCUGAAGAAGUGAUCAUACAAAUCCUACACAACCUACCUGCUAAGUCCUUGAUCCGAUUUACAAGUGUUUGCGAGUUAUGGUACUCUCUCAUCAAAAACCCUGAUUUCAUUUCAACCCACAUUGCAAAGUCCUCAUCAAUUGGCAUCAAAAGCAACCCUAACCCAUUACUCCUAUAUCACGUCUAUGCCAAUCAAUAUUCUUUGGGUUUUGAUCUUCAAGGGUUCGAGGAGUACAUGCAUUUUCCGUUCAAGUCCGGCUCCAGAUUCUUUCGCGCAGUGGGUUAUUCUAAUGGCUUGUUAUGCAUCUUCGAUAGAGAUUUCGCUCUGGACAGCACUAAUGACUACAAAAUCUUCAGAAUGAUGAUGCAUCAUCUAUAUUUCUGUCAAAACGUUCAAGUACCUGAUAUUCAGAUCAAAAUUUACUCAUUUAACAUGAAUUCUUGGAAGAUUAUCACUAGUAAUGUGCCGGCAUAUUGGAUAGAAAACCAAAUGUUACGUCUGUGCGCCUCACAGAAACAUUAUACAGCAGCUUACGUGAAUAAUGCUUUGCAUUGGAUCGUGAGUUAUGGGAAGGAAUCCACAGAGGAUGAUGAUGUUGGCAGGCGUACCUAUAGUUCUAUCAUGCUGUUUGAUAUGAAAGAUAAGGUUUUUGGUGAAAUUAUGUUGCCAAAUUGUUUGGCAAACCAUUCUGCAUCUGGAUGGUCUGUUAAGGCAUUUGGGGACUCAUCAAUUGCAGUUAUUGGAAGAUAUUUGAAUAACUAUUUCACUCAUAUAUGGCUGAUGAAAGAGUAUGGUGUUGUGGAGUAA